AUGGCGGCCCUUCACUUCACUCCAUCUCCUUCUUUCACUCUCCCAAAACAAAGACACACAACCAGACUCUCUGCUUCCUUCCAGCUCAAUAUCCGGCCCCGCCACCUGUCACGGCAAUCCUGCACCGUCGGAUCCUACAAGGUGGUGGUAGAGCACGAGGGUUUGUCUACUGAGCUUGAGGUGGAGGCUGAUGAGACCAUUCUAGAAAAGGCAUUGGAGUCUGGGCUGUCUGUGCCUCAUGAUUGCAAGCUUGGGGUGUGCAUGACUUGCCCUGCACGGCUUGUGAGUGGGAAGGUUGAUCAGAGUGAAGGUAUGCUGAGUGAUGAUGUGGUGGAAGGUGGGUAUACCUUGCUGUGUGUAUCGUACCCACAGUCGGAUUGUCACAUUAGGACCAUUCCAGAAGAUGAGCUGCUAUCUCUGCAAUUAGCAACAGCUAAUGACUGA